AUGGUAUCAACAACAGCAGAUAUAGGGUCAGAUUCAGCAGGAUUAUUAACAAAUGUUGACAUUUCAUCGAUUCGUCGUUUGUUUAUUGUUGGUGGUAUUUGUGUUGUAGCAUUACUUAUUGCAAUUAUAGUUGGAUCCACAGGUCCAAAAGUAUAUGACUCUGAUUCAUAUAAUCUUUAUCAAUGUGAAAAUGGAACCCACAUAUGGUCAGAUAGUAGCUGUGUGGGUUUACAAAACCUUACAAAUGGUAAUAUAUGGAGUAGAGAAAUGCCAGAAGUUAGCACAUUAAAUAGAUUUUGGUCAUUAGAAAUAACACCAUUUUCAAAUAAUCUUACACAAUUUACAGCAGAGAAUGUUACAUUUUUAGUCACUAUUAAAGCAUUAGGAUCUAUAUUACUAAAGUCAGAAAAUACAUCACAAAUUAUAUUAUGCGAUCCAGGGUAUGGACCAUGUAAUACCUUAACCAUUAUCGAUGAAGAAGUUUUAGACUACGUUUUAUAUACUGUUCAAAUUUCAAUUGUUUCAGAAUCUACAGCCAUUGGUGAUAUUAAUUUUACUGCUUGGAGAGCACACGAUUCAUUCUCUAGUUUUGAAAUUGGUGUACAUUUAACCUUGGUAAUCAUUUCUUGUAUAGGUAUUGUUGGUUUCUUAGUUGCAAUGAGAACCUAUUCAUUAAUCAAAUGGACAUUCGAACAAAAAUAUUUAUUUGCUAUAUUUUUCGUAUUGUUAUUAUCAAAUAACCCAUUAUAUGGUUUACAAUAUGCCACCCAAGGAUGGUUUUUCCCAUUUUGCAAUGCACUUUUUUCAAUUAUAUUUUUAUCAAUAUUUUCACUUUAUUCAUUAAUGGUAUUGGAUCGUUUAAGAACAGAUACAAAAGAAACUGAAUGGACAUUCUCAACAAUUAGCAAGGUGGUUUUAGUUGGUAUUUUUACAAUUUUAGGUAUUGCAUUAUUCUCUUGGAUUAAUAUUAGAGAUCGUAAAGAUCCAAUUAUUGGCCCAGCUACCUCACAAAACGGUAUUCAAAUUUUAUUUUAUUUAGUUGCAACUAUAUUUAUUUGUAUUUUAUUAUGGAUCCUUUUAUUAGUAAUUACAAGUUUCCCAGUAGCUUAUGCAAAGAAAUAUAAUUUUGCCAAAUUCUUAUUUAUUUCAAUUCCAAUUUUAGUAUAUGUUUUUUCAAUCCUUUUUGGUAUUUUCGCAGGUACAUUUGGUCCAUUGAACCCAACCUCUCUUUCUGUUACCUAUUUCAAUGUUUUAAAUAAUGUAUUUACUGCUAUUUUAGCAUACUCAUAUUGGCCAUCUGCCAAUCCAUUCCAUAAACAAAGGGAACAAGAUGAUGAAACAUCUUUACUUUAUAAUGAAGAAAUUUAA